AAUUUUUGGGUAUGAUCUUGGAUAGGUCGUUAAACUAUAGGAAACACACAGAGAUGGUUAAAGAUAGGGUUAGAAAAAAAUUGGAUAUCCUGAGAUUCAUAGCGGGCGUUAAAAAGGGGGUUAAGCCGGGAACAAUGCUGAUCUUCUUCAAAGGUCUGAUAAGAUCGGUAAUUGAGUAUGGUCUCUUCGUUUAUUUUUGGGAUAACACAAAGGCGUUGAAGAAGAUCAUGAGAUUACACAAUGCGGGUGUCCGCGUUGCGAUGGGCUAUAAAAUAACCAUGCCAAUAAACGUAAUGAAUACAGAGGCUGGUAUAAUGGACUUGGAGUCCAGAGCCGAGGCUCUACUGGAGAGAUUUGUUAUGAGGCAGAGAUCUAGGGGUAAGGGGUUAGUUUAUGAAUCCCUAAUGAGAUCGUUGGUUGUCAGGGAUGAGGUAGGGGCGGAGGAAUGGGACCCGUGGACGAGAGCGUGGUGUAAAGCGGAGGGAGUAGCUGAAAGGGUUCUGAAUGAAAGUGUAGAUAGGGAAAUUAGUAAUAGAGAACGUGAUUUUAUAGAAAAGGGUAGAGUGAUAGUGGACUGGGAAUCGGGAAAGAAUAGGAAAACGACCCCUGUCUCAGACUCCCGUCUAUCUGAGGAAAUUAAAGAAAGACUCUGGCCAGGCGUAAAUAACGGGGAGGUAAUUGAAAUAUAUACGGACGGAUCAAAAAGGGACCUUAAGGAUGUUGUAGGCGCAGGAAUGGUGUACAGAGUAGGGGAUGGGGAAUGGUUUGAAGAGUCUUGGUCUUUAAAUAAAGUAACGUCGGUGUUUUCGGCGGAGGCGUUCGCGAUUCUACAGGCGGUUAAAAAGGCAAGAUCUAGUUGGGGGAGGAGUAGAGUUGUAAUUUUAACGGACUCGGCUAGUGUUUUGAAAAAACUGAUGGAGUAUGCUAGAAGGACGGGAAAUAAUCCUUGGAUAAGGAAAAUUGUUAACGAAAUGAUGAAUUUGGAACUUGAUUAUAAAAGAUCUGAGCAACAUUAUUCUGACCUGGCAGGGUCAGGCAACAGGCUAGGUUUUGCCUGGAUUCCCAGCCACAAGGGCAUUGAGGGGAAUGAGAGAGCGGAUCUUAAGGCGGGAGAGGCCACAAGUGGGGAUGAGACGUAUGAAUAUGGGGUUGUUGAAAGAGACAUUCUGAAUUACAUAAUGGAUAGUGCUUGGAUUAGGAAUUUUGAGAGAGCGAAAAGAAAAGGAGAGGUGAAGGGGGUAAAGUACUUUACGAUGAAAAAUAAUAACGUAGGAUCAAAAAAACCAUGGUUCGAUGGUAUAAAUGGUUUAGGAAGGGGAGACUUAGUGAAACUAAGUAGAAUUAGGUCUAAUCAUUUUAACCUAGGAGAAUCUCUAUUUAGAAAAAACCUUACCGACGUAAUGGGGUGCAUAUGUGGUGCAGUAUUAGAGUCCAUUGAGCAUGUCAUAUGGGAAUGUGACAGGUUCUGGGAAAGUAGAGCGGAACUAAAUAGGUUCCUGCUCUCAAAAGGUUUCACUGAAGGUUCAGAUGUUAUAGAAAUGUUAAUGGAGGGAGACUUGGGGGUCACUAAACGCAUCACCAGGUUCCUAAAUAAAUUGGGGAAAAUCAUUUCAAACGAAAAUGGAUAUAAGAAAACAGAUUAGAAUAAUGAUCAUCGCAGCAGGAGAGGCAGUAAUAAGAAGACUGAUUGCGACUCACAGCGUGGAAUGAGUUAUGGAGGAGGUCGUUGUAUGUAAUUAUAUUGGUAAUGUUUUGUAUGAAAUGAAGUGUAUGGAUUUAAUGCACAUUUAUAUUUAGCGCCAUUUUUGUAAUUGGGCUAUAUAGGAGGCGUUGCCCCCUAAAACGCCAUCUUGGGCAGAGCCCAAGAAAACCUAAAUACAAUACAAUACAAUACAGCUCCAUGCCCUACACAAGCGUCACCACGACAAACACCGGUACGAACACCGGGCAUAUCUCAGGAUGAACGUUUCGAAAGAAGCGCGGAGCCUAUUACAAUUACGCCCAGGCGAACAGCGAAAAGACCGCGGAGAAACGUAAAAUUACCAAUGCGACUAAGAGACUUCGAAAUUACAUAUGAAUAAUUAGAAUAAGGAUAUUACAAACACAGUAUUUCAUCUUACGUUCGUUUUUCUUUUUUCUUUACGUUACGUUCUUUUUUUUGAUUUGUUACAUUCUAAAUGUUCGUUACAUGCAAUGUAUGAAUUUCUGUUAGCAAAGAAGGUGUUAGAUAUCCGGCUUAUUACAAAUGUAGCGCGCAUGCGCGCAGGUCGAAGCGAGGCGAAGAAGUGGGAGAACGAACGGCUAACUAACUGCGUAGAAGACGCUCAGCAAGCAAAGAAUGUACACGUGCGAUUACAGCGAACAGUCAGCCAUUAUUACACUUUUACUUUAUUUCGUUCAAAUAUAUAUACGUUCAGUCCGAAAGGAGAAAGUCGUUCUCAUACUUUAAAUGUGUUGUGCAGUGCUGUUGGGAGUUCCCAGUUUGUAAUAGAAUACAGAAUUAGCAAAAAGCGCCCUCUCGUUUUCAUUGGCCAGCCCUAUUACCAUUUCUGUGCAGAAAAAUCUGCUGUAAUACCAAUGUCCCGAAUCGGAGAGGUCACGUCUCGUCGUUGACAAAGUCAUGUCCAGUCUUCUUGUAUCUGUAGUCACUGCGUAGUACAGCAUGCCGUUAGUUGGAUGCAAUAACUGAGUUAUAAAUUAUACAAUUAAUGAAAUCUCAAUGACUUAAAGAAUGCUGGGUCGUAUGAAAUUAAUUCUAUGCUUUUGCAUCGUUUUAUG